GUUUUAAGUUUCGGCAGUAUUACUCUCGCCAAUGAAGCUACAACUUUCGAAAAUGAAACUUGUAAGGUUUUCAGUGAUUGUAAUGGCCAUUGUUGGUCAAACUGUGGGUACCGGAGGAAGGAGUGGAUCACAGGCGACAAAUUAUAGAUCAUCCCCUGCUAGUUAUGAAACAGAGAGAGCACCUGUUUCCACUUUCGAAAAAAGAGACAAUAGUUUCACUUCAAGUGGAUUCAGUCGAUCUGCAAUAUCGGCGGGAUUUCCUCGAGAAGUGUCACAAAAUGAAGCUCCACAGCCAUAUAACUUUAACUAUGAAUCAGCUGAUGAACAAGGCAACAGUCACUACCACAGAGCAGAAGCUGAUGCAAGCGGUACAGUGAGGGGAUCCUACGGAUAUACCGAUAUCCAAGGUCUGUACCGAGUGGUCGAUUAUAUAGCUGACGUCAAUGGCUAUCGAGCCAGCAUCAGGUCAAAUGAACCAGGCACCGAUGGCAAAGAAAGCCCUGCAGACGUUCAGAUGAUCGUUGAACAACCUCCCUUUGGUAUUCAAGAAAGAUACAAUCCAUUUGCAGGAACAGGUGCUGGUGCAGGCGGGAUUGGACCUGCUGUUGGACGUACCUACGAGAGUGGAAUGAAACCGAAAGAGAGAGAAGAAAGUGAUGAAUAUGAAGAAGAUAAAGACAAUAAAUCAUAACCGUUCUAUGAAAUUAGAGAUUUUAAAGUCAGAUACUUCAUCGCAAUUGUGAAAUACGAAGACGCCUGUUGUUCAUGUAUAAUUAAAAUCAUAAUUUUUGGGAAAAUUUAAAAAUAAUUGACAUUUUAUAAGAAAAU